UCACAGUUCACACACACUCCUCUCUCUAAAAGCUCUCUCUGUGUCUCCCUCCCUUGUAUUGUUUUCAUGGAGCCCUAUCAAUACAACGCGCACCAUGACCAAGAAACUGCUCCUCCCAUCCCCAACACCAUUGGAAUGGGAAUGGGAAUGGGAAUUGGAAUAGGCGGCGGAGCAGGAGGAGGAGGAGGAGGUCUGAUCAACAGCAGCAAGUACAGCGGCAGCAGCAGCAGCAGUGCCAGCAGCAGCAGCAUGGUGUGCCGGCAGUCGAGCACGCGGUGGAUUCCGACGAGCGAGCAGAUACGCAUCCUGCGCGACCUCUACUACAACUGCGGCAUCCGGUCGCCGACGUCGGAGCAGAUCCAGCGCAUCUCCGCCACGCUCCGCCGAUACGGCAAGAUCGAGGGCAAGAACGUCUUCUACUGGUUCCAGAACCACAAGGCCCGCGAGCGCCAGAAGAAGCGCCUCUCCGUCGACCCCAAUGCCGCCGCCACACCCUCCCACAACAAACCCGUCACCGCUGCCGCCGCUGCCGUUAGUGUUUCUAGUCCCUGUGUUUCUCCGGGGGUGUACGGUGUGGGACAGAUACUGGAAAACAGUGUAUAUGAGGGUUCUAUGAUCAGAGAAAGGAGCUUCAGAGAAUACUGCUGCAUGACUGGAGGAGUAGCAGUAGAGGGAGGAGAUGUGAUCAUAGGAGAAGAAAGAGAGAGCAAUGACAAUGCAUCAUGGGUGGGAGUAGACACUGCCGCAGCUGACGCUGACGCUGUCGCUGUCACGACAGCGCAGUGGAUGCACUACUGCCCCGACCGUCAGGCAGCAGCGUCCGCCGCUCGAGAGAUCGAAACCCUUCCCCUCUUCCCGACUUGCAGCAGCAGCGGCGGUGGCGUCCUGAACGGCGAAGAAGAAGAACAAGAAGAAGAGCAGGAAGCAUACGGCGGCGGCGCCAAUUGGACCGAGCAAUACAUGCAGGCUAGCUUAUGCCACAACCACGGCCACGGCCACAGCGCAGCCUCAUUGGAGCUCACACUCAGCUCCUACUACGGCUCUCCUCCUCCUGGAUCCAUGUGAUUAACAUUAUUGAUUAGUUUCUUUUAGUUGCUAUGCUAUGUUAUGUGAUCUCCCUUUUUUGUUGUAGGUAGCUAAGUACCUAGCUAGUAUGUAGAAUAUGGUGUUGUUGUUGUUGUUGUUGUUGUUGUUA